CGUGUAGAAGUCGAUCACGAAGGAACGUGGGGCACGGUGUGCGGGUAUUCAGAUGCCUUCUCAGAUGCAGGCGCACAAGUAGUGUGCAGGCAAGUCGGCUGUCCCACGGAGGGAGUCCAGUGGAAAAAGCUUGGAGGAGGAAGCGGACCAAUCUGGAUGGAUUAUGUAGAUUGCACUGGAGCCGAGCAAACGCUGCAGACUUGCCCUUUUGCCGGCUGGGGCGACCACGAAUGC